AAACAAGAAGUUGGAACGGGUUAAAAUCAAGUUCUGAACCUUUUCAACCCGUUCAGCGUUCACUAUAAAGCAAGACAAUGCGUAUAGAACUGAUUACUGAAAAGAUAAUCAACGUAUGUCCCGAAUACUGUAAAAUUGUAAAGGAUUCAUUGCUUUAUUUAGCGAGAAAUCCUUUAGAUGCCGCAGUCAACAUGCAUUCUUCCUUGUCGAUAUAUUCUUGCUGUCCUCGGCUGCUUUGGGCUGACUGUGACGUUCAGUUUAAGAGUCAACUUAAGCGUAGCGCUAGUGGCGAUGGUGAAUUCGACACAGACUGGCCAACCUAAGGAAGAUUACUUUUCCUGGGACCAGCAAACAAGAGGUAUUAUUCUCGGGUCAUUCUUCUAUGGCUACAUAGUAAUGCUUAUUCCUGGAGGAUGGCUUGCCGAGAGGAAUGGAGGGAAGCACUUUGUGGGACUUGGUGUACUGAUCUCAUCGGUACUAUCACUGCUGACCCCCCUGGCUGCUCGCUAUAGCUACAAAAUGCUGAUAGUGCUGAGAAUACUGGAGGGACUUGCACAGGGUGUGAUAUACCCAUCCGUAAAUGUUCUGUUAAGUUGUUGGGCGCCACCUGAGGAAAGAAGUAAAAUGUUAGUCAUCACAUGGACAGGUUGCCAGGCUGGGAAUAUCAUUGGUUUGGUGGUGUCUGGACUUCUCUGCGCUUCCAGAUUCCAGUGGCCAUCUGUGUUUUAUCUAUUUGGUGCAAGUGGUAUUGUUUGGUACCUGUUUUGGUGUUUCUUAGUCUAUGAUAGCCCAUCUGUUCACCCACGCAUUUCGCUUGAGGAGAAGGAGUACAUAGUAACAGCUAUAGGUGCAUCACAAGACAAGGUUGUGAAAAAACAUCCGACCCCCUGGCGUCAAAUCCUCACUUCCCGAGCAGUGCUUGCUAUCAGCAUUUCAUUUUUUUGUAGCAAUUGGGGCUUCUGUACUUUUUUGACCUCCUUACCCACUUAUUUCCAAGAGGUUCUUCACUUUAACAUAACAACGAAUGGAUUACUAUCGGCGCUACCCUACUUCUGCCAGUAUUUUACGUCACUUCCUGCGGGGUUUCUCGCUGACUGGCUUAUUCACAGCCAUAUAAUAACCGUCACAGAAGUCAGAAAGAUAUUCACUCUAGCGUCAUUCCUGUGUACAGCCUGCAUAAUGGUCGCUCUGGGCUUCACGAAUCAACCUGUCGUUGCUGUGACCCUCUUGUGCGUACUCUUCAUGUUUCAAACUAUCGAUACCUGCGGACACUGGAUAAGCCCCAUGGAGUUCGCGCCGCGGUAUUGUGGUCUACUGUUCGCUAUCGCUAACUCUAUUGGGACUAGCACUGGUAUUGCCGCGCCGUUUGUUGUUGGUUACCUGACUAAUGGUCAGCCAACACGUGACCAGUGGCAGAAAGUGUACUAUAUAGGAGCUGGGAUUUAUGUGUUUGGCGCAGUCGCAUUCGCCGCUCUAGGGACGAGUAAAGAGCAGCCCUGGAACACGCCACCUGAAGACAACCUUGUCCCCGUGGACCUCCCCCACGAGAAACUUGUCUCACAGGGAUCACGUGAGACUAUGAGCCUGCUACGGAAACCACACGGUUAUAAGUCUUUACAAGAAACGAGCUUCAAUGAGCGUAAUGGCAGUCUGGUCAUCAAUGCGUAAUCAGUUGUGUUCGGGCGUGGUUAUAGAGACGUGUAAACUAUUACUGACAGGUUCAGAUAAUAAUGGAGUUCUCAUAAACAAGUACAUUGCUGUCUAUCUAGAUUAUGCUCUGAAAUGAUUAUAUAAACAUUACUCUUGUGUUAUAUAGUCUCAUAUAAACUUGACCUUUUUUACCUUCAAUGGCAAUAAUAGAACAAAGUGUCUACCCAGUAACUACAGAUUGUCAAAUCGAGUAUAUUUUUGACCCUCGCAUUUCGCUUGUGCAGGACCUAAAAUACUGAUAAAUUAAUUUAAAGCGUUUUGUCUAAACGCUGGACGGGCAAAGGCGUCGGCGGAAAUAUUUCGGAACGGGAAAAAGUAGAAUCACUGAGGGGGGACUCCCGACCAAUGAUAGUAUUUGUAAGCGGCGAGAUUGUCAUCUCUGUUUACAAGUCCCUCUCUAAAUGUUUACAAUUAUAACAUUUAAAAACAGUGCGCCAAUCACUGAAUUUGGUACACACAACAAGAAAAAAAUAAUAUAAUUGUUUUGGUAUUUCUAGUUAAAAAAACUAUUAUUUAAUAACUUAUGUAAAACUAAAAAUGCUAGAGCUUAUUUUUCUAUUCUGUAUUUGUUUAUGGAAAAAGAGAAAGGGGAAUGGAUUUUGAUCCAAUAGAAACAUUGUAUAGAAAAUUUAA